GCCGUGAAAACUGAUGUGUUCUUUGGUGAGUUUGGUGUGGGCACGUUGCAUAACUGUGCCUGGACCUUCAUACACGAACCCCCUUUGUCCCCUCCCAACUUCACCCAAACCUCUCCCUCCAGCAUGCCCUUGUCCCAUGUGAUCCGACAAGCUCUAAUUUUGUUAAAAGAGGCACAAAAGCAAGUGGUCCUGCAGUACUUCCAGAUAAACCAGAGCUGAUGCCCGUAGUUCCUCUCCAGUAUGCCCUCGCUUUGGGAAGGAGAAAGGGACAACUUCUCCUUUCACUU